CGCUGACAGUAAGUUGUCAAAAAAAAGUUGAAAAAAUGGCUUCCUCCCAGUGUUGAUUUCAUUUGUAAAUCCGUGAAAUUCUGCCUGAAUGCCGUGCAAAAGUGAUUAAGUAUGCUAGGAAGUGUUCAGUGAAGGUGGUGAGGAGGUAAAUUGUUUGGUUAGUGGACAGAAUUGUGGCUUAGAUUGCUGAGAAUUGGGCGUGGAAAAGUUGUUGAGGAGUGCCGACUCCCCAUAAUCAAAAUAUCCCGGGCAGAGAUACAGACGAUAUCCCACAAUCUUGUGGGUUUUGCUCUGACUGUGCCAUUUGAUAAGGGUGAUAAGAGGUGGGGUAUGCAAAAAUGGCUGGGUCACCAGACAUUGCCGGGGAAUUGUGCACAAGUGUGGCAAGUGGAAGUGGCACUUCGGGCUGGACAGAAUUCUGCGAGAGACAUGCCCGAGCAGCUGCAUCGGACUUUGCCAAAUCCUGCGUUCACUACAUGGCCAGCAAUCUGCCCGAGGCAGCACGCACCACAAUAUCCCACAGAGACUUUAUGAGGAAGUUCAUUGAGUGCUUCUCUGAUCAUUUUGACACUGAAUUCAAUCGACGGAGAACUCAUCAAAAGACUGGAAAUGGAAAUGCCAUUGUUCUCGAAGAGAGUGACUAUUCCGAAGACACAGACUCACCCAAAAUCACCCAUAAGCCUUUCUUCAGGCGGCUGUCCUUCAAGGGACUCCGGAAGGGAAAGGCUUUCUUCCACAAACAGCACUCGGACGAAGCGGAACUGGCCACUGCGCGACAAUCCAAGACUAAAUUGUCCAAGAUUGUCGUGGAGUGCCGGAAGGAGGGAUACGUCAACUACUUGACGCCGGAGAGCCUGGAUCAGCCGGGAGGGAUUCACAAGUGGGAGAAGUGUCGACUAGCUCUGGUGAAAACCGUUGGGGGCUACAUGCUGGAAUUCUACUCUCCGCCAAAGUCACAAAAGCCUCGAAGUGGCGUCUUUUGCUUCCUGAUUUCGGAAGCACGAGAAACAACUGCCCUGGAGAUGCCUGAUCACGAGAAUACGUUCGUCCUGAAGGCAGACAAUAACAUGGAGUAUGUGAUUGAGGCCCAUGACACUGAUGAUAUGCGCAGCUGGUUGGCCACAAUCCGGUACUGCAUGCGAAGUACUCCUACAACUCAACUCCCAUCUGCUGAUCAGGCCCUGUCUGUGGUCAGUGUGGCUCCCAAUGCCACAGCCACGCCAAUUCCUGGGCCUGAUGUCACCUCUAGUCCUGCUCCGGAAGUUCCUCCACGACGAGCCGGCGAGCGCUUCUCGUCGUCCAGCAACUUUGAACUGACCGAGGGAGACCUCGAGCCGGUUCAUGAGACUGACACAGACCUCACGGCCAUGAUGCGGGACUACCCUUGGUUCCAUGGCACGCUGCCGCGGUCAGAUGCUGCCCAGCAGGUGCUUCAUGGGGGCGCUGGGGGGCAUGGGGUGUUCCUGGUGAGGCAGAGUGAGACGCGAAAAGGAGAAUUUGUGCUGACUUUCAACUUCCAAGGACGCGCUAAGCACCUCCGGAUGACGCUCAAUGAUAAGGGAGAAUGCCGAGUGCAACAUUUAUGGUUUCCAACAAUCACAGAAAUGCUCGAACACUUUAGACAAAAUCCAAUUCCACUGGAGUCCGGAGGGACGGCCGAUGUGACCCUCACAGAGUACGUUGUGCAUCAGCCUCCAGUGCAAGUGACGUCCUCCGUUUCACCGAGACAUCCGACUCCAAACAUAAUCACAAUUGGUGGAAGUGUUAGAGUGAAAACUUGUGAUCUAGAGUUACCACCUCUAAUUGUCCAAGCUCCAACUCCAACACAAUCAUCACAGCCUCAUUCAUCACAGAGCAAUUCAGACAAUGACACCGGACGUGCCGUAGGCAAUCAAUAUAGUUUUGUCUAAAAGAUAUUGGCAAGGGGAUAAAAAAAAGUUACAACGCCAAUUGACAGUGUCCGCAAAGAAAAAAAGUGGUUUCUGUGAACAAAUGGGCGCGCGUUUUAUCGUGUGAAGAAAAAAAAUUGUAUAUUUUUACCUCAGGUUUAUCCUUUUUUUCAUCUUCAUUUUAUUUUCUUAUUUGUUUCGUGGAAAUAGAAAGAAAGGGAAUGAAGAAUAUAUUAAUUUAUGUAUCAAAGUGCCAUAAUAUUUAGCUAUAUUGUAUUUCUCUCGCAAAAUAUUACUCAAAAUACAUCGCAUAGUGGAGUAAAAUAUAAAUAUGCAUCAAGGGAUGGUUGAUAGGGCAUGACCUCGAUAGUGUAAACGGGGUAAGACUGAGUUUACAUAAUCGAGGUUACACCAAAUUUGCAACAAUUCUGCCACAAACUAAUGACAUAAAUAUAGUGAAGUUCCAUCUCAAA